GAGAGAUUAAAAAUUGGAUUUGGUCCAGCGCCUUCUUCUCGCCUUCUAGAAACUCCGUCGUCGUUGAUUCUCGUUCGCCGGUAACGAUAAACCCUAAACCCUAGUUUUUCAGUCGAGCUCGGAGAUUAUGGCGGAAACGCAAGAGGAACGAUCUCCGUCGCUUGACGAUUGCCUUAAGCUGUUGAAAGGGGAGAGGGACGAGCAGAGGCUCGCAGGUUUACUUCUCGUCACCAAGUUCUGUAAGAACGAUGAUCUCGUUUCCCUCAAGAAGGUGUACGAAGCCGUUGGUACUCACUUUCUCGACCGCCUUCUCCGCACAGGUAGUGGCGAUGGAAGUGAAAAUCGUGAUGUGUAUCUGCGGCUAUCUGUUACAGUUCUUGCUGCGUUCUGCCGUGUUCCGGAGAUAGCUUCUGCAGAAGAGAUGGUCUCUCGAAUUCCCCUUAUUCUCGAAAUCAUGUCGAAACGGCCUGCAACUAACAUUCUUGAAGAAUGCUAUGAGCUUCUGUAUUUGGUGUCCACGGCUUGUGAAGCUGGUGUCAUGGCUUUGAUCAACUCUGGAGGCUUGAGAGUGAUAGCUCCCCAGUUGUCUGAACUAUCUGAUGGUUCACAUGCUAUGGAGGUUGCUAUAAAGAUUCUGCAGCUAUUGGUUAGUAAGCUUUCCAGCGAGAGCAUGAACAUUGAACGCUUCUUUGAAUUGUCUUUGGUGGUUGCUGCUGUUGCACGGCAGUUUGCGGUCUUGCACAAUGCCCUGAAGUUUGAAGCACUCCAUCUACUGUCUGCAGUCUUCUGUUCCGAUUAUUCUGCACUUCUUCAUGAACCUCUUCGUUCCAUGCCAGACAACAAUUGGGCAGACUACAUGCGCACAGGUGUUGUGUCAAUUCUGCACAAUCGUGUGGCCCCUUCGGAAAGGCUUCAUGCAUUGAUUCUUGCGGAGAAUAUGAUGUCAAUUCUGGGUGAGAAGUGGCUUAUCGGUAGAGUAAAAUUACCCAGUGUUGAGGAUUAUCUUCCAGCUGAUAGGUGUCUUCUGCUGGUAUUAGAGUCAUCACAUGUUGAGAUUUCUGUUUUAACAAAUGAUCUCGCAUACAUGAAAUAUGAAGCUCCUACUUCAGCUGUUGAAGAGCAGCUCUUGAAGCAACGCUAUCUGGCUAUCGCAUUUUCUUUGGUAGAAAAGAUCAUCAAGUAUAUAUCCACUGUUGGUGAAAAUGAAGGGACUCUAAGUGAUGAAACCAUCUUCCUCAAGGUGAUUAAGACGUUUAACGAGACAGUAGUAGUAGUGCUCGAGUAUCUGAAAGAUGCAAAGGAACAUGGAAAGAAGAGAGGAAAUGAUCUUCUUGCAUCUGUGCGAAUGAUUGGGAGCUAUCUUGCUGAAACUCCUGAUGCCUGCAAAGAGCAGGUCCACGAUCUUCUAGACUAUAUGCUGUCAGUUGAGGGCGAAGAGGAAUCCAGCCCGUUUUUGUCCUCUUGCUUCCUGCUACCAAUGCUCUGCCAAAUAACUAUGAAGGAUGAAGGGUGUAAGCUCUUGGCGGCUUCAAGAGGCUACCUAGCUGUCGUGGAAUGCCUUAUAAAACUGAUACAGUCCGAAGGUCAGAAUGGUGAGGACAAUGGAAGCAUCUUCUUGGCUUGUGAUACGGUCAUGAAUGUUCUUUUGAAGAGGGAGCAAAUCAGUCUUGCGCCGGAUUUGUCUACAUUUUCCAGCCUAUUAACAGCCUUGGCGCAUUGGGCAGAUGGCACUAAGGAUCCAUCCGUAGUGAUGAUGGCGGCAAGCAUCUGUUCUCUGAUCUUCGAUUUCACAUCAGAAGAAGCUCUACUCAAGCAAGCCAAUGUCAGUGCUCGCUCCUUGGAGACUUUGGCCAGGCUCAUUGCAAGAAGCUUUUCCUCAGCGGGCCAGGGUAUGUCGGAUACUGCUGAUCUUCUUGAGAUCAUAAUGGCAGGAUACUCUCGAUGGGCAGAGCGGUUCCCGACGAUAAAGAAACAUAACCGCUGAGCAAUCUUUAUCAUUUUCUUCUAGUCCAUGAGUAUGGUAAUGAUCAUACUCUUACUCAGGCUUGUUUCUAGAGGAUUGAGAGCAUAGAAUUAGUUAUUAAGCAAACGAGUUCUUAUACUAUUUCGCGUUGUUCUGGAUUGUGUAUAUUGUAGACGCAGUUUAUAACUUUUUAUGGUUAUGUUUGUUUCAUGAAGUGUUCCAUAAGACAAUCUAAUUUAUGGUUAAC